AGGAGACACAUGGAAGACAUCGGCAUUUCGGAUAAAAAGAACCGUAUACCCAGGCCUCUGAGUUUAUCGAUCUUUCUCCUAAGCAUCGCACUCAAACCCAAAGGUUGACCAUGGUCUUAGAGCUGUACGGAUCCCCUUACUCUACUUGCACCAAACGUGUCGCGGCAGUUCUCCACGAGAAAAAGGUUCCCUUCGAGUUUUGCCUUGUUAAUCUCGCUACCGGUGAGCACAAGACGCCUUCCUACUUGGAAAAGCAUCCCUUUGGUGUCGUCCCAUAUAUCGAUGACGACGGGUUCAUUCUCUACGAGAGCAGGGCGAUAAGCCGAUACAUCGCACUCAAGUACGAAUCCCAAGGCACGAAGCUCAUCCCCACCGAUGACUUGAAGAAGAUUGCGCUUUUCGAACAAGCUGCCUCCGUCGAGCAGAGUUCAUUCGAUCCCUAUGUCACUACUGUUGGGAUGGAAAAGAUUAUCAAACCACGAUUGAAGGGAAUUCCGGCAAACGAGGCAGCCGUCGAAGACGCCCUCACCUCUCUGUCGGCAAAAUUAGAUGCUUACGAUGUUAUCCUUUCCAAGCAGAAAUACCUCGCCGGAGAUGAUGUUACCCUUGCUGAUCUAUUCCACAUCCCUUGGGGUGUUCUUCUCGUCGUCGCUGGUAGCGAUAUCAUGGAGAGCAAGCCCAAUGUUGCCAGAUGGUGGAAAGAUAUCACGUCGAGGCUAUCCUGGGCCGCCGUGAAGGAUGGCGUAAACAGUGUGACAUCUUUCUAAGAGAAUCGGCCUGCUGACUCAAUGCACAUGUAAGAGGGAUGAGAGAUGUGCCCGAGCUAAUAAAUAAAUCGAAGCUAAACUGAACAUGCCGAUCGUCCGGACUUCGAAGAUUUACUUUGUCAUAAAAAGCUCCUCAUGACACGUCUGAAUUGUCCAGGACGCAACAGACAACCAACAGAAUGGAGCCCAUUA